AAAAUCAAUAAUAAUCGUAUCAAUAACAACAACAAAUAAAUCCAAUGCAUAAUUACUCGUGAUUUCCAAUGUGAAUUUGUCGAUUACAAAAUAAAUUAAAUCACACAUUCUUGAUUUGUUCUCUACAAUCUUGUGUGAGGAUAGCCUGUCCAAUUGCACACCAAUAUUUAUUCCCUAUCAUCAACAAUAAAAUCACCAAACCAAACAGCCUCUUAACUUCCACCCCAAUUUUUGCCUUUUCCUAUUUAAAAAAAUUCAAUAUUUUGGGCCCUUUUUCUAAGCAUGUGAUUGAGAUUUAGAUUUACAGACAUUCUUGAAUGUUAAAAGAGAGAGUAGAAAAUUCACCACCUGACGCUCUCAAUUGCAUCACUUUUCCCUUUGUUCCCAUUGGAUUUCACCACACCAUUCUUGUGAAUCUCUCUCUCUCAUCAUUUUUGAAUUUUAAUCCAUUUUCACUGUAUAAUUCUGGAGGAGUUGUUUGCUUUCUUAAAUCUCUGGAAUUCCAUUUCCGGUAUUUUCGGUUGGGUUUGUUUUCAGUUGCCUUUUUCUUCUUCUUAAUUUUUCAAACAGAAAUCAUCAUUUUACAAUCGAGCUCUUUGAUUUGGCUGUGAAACCCUUCUUAUUAGCUUUUUUCCUUUUUUACUUUCCUGCAAAAAAUUGUUAAUUCCAUGAUCCCUCUCUCUUUUGUAUAGUUGGGAGUCUUGACGGUUUCUACUGAAAUCAAUGCUCAAUCCAAUCUGCUAGAACUUUCUAUUUUUAGCUAUUUUGAUUCAAAAUCUCUAAUUUUAGCCCCUAUUCUCUCCAUUCAUUAGCUGUGAAUACAAAAUUAAUGAUAGGGUUUGGUAUUUCUUCUUCCAUUCACCAAUUCGAGAGCUGGGGUUUGGAUUUGGAUUUUGAUUUAGGGAAAAGAUUGGAUUUUUAGUGCGAUUUUAGGAGGGAAAAUAAUAUUUGAGGUUUGAUUGCAUUAGAAGGUUGUACAUAUGGAAGAAGGCAAAGAUCCCACUGCAGGGGGCAGGGUGGGUCAGCCUAGGGUUUUGCCACAGAGGGUGCUUCAGCUGCUUGUACUCUUUCUGGUUCUGUGCUUAACUUUCUCUAUCGUUAGCAUCUACAUGAUUAGAUACUUUGGAAUCAAUAGUAGUGUAGUGACAUCCAUGAAGCCUAUAUUAGUGCCCUGCAAUCACGAGCCGGCGGUGGGUUUGGAUCGAUGGAUCGAGCCCCCCUCUAAUUUGAUACACAGGAUGAGUGAUGAGGAGUUGUUUUGGAGGGCCACAUUAGUGCCCCGUGUGAGCAAGUAUCCGUUUGAGAGGGUUCCGAAAGUCGCGUUUAUGUUCUUGACUAAGGGGCCGUUGCCGUUGGCGCCUCUCUGGGAGAGGUUUUUUAAGGGGCAUGAAGGGAAGUAUUCGAUUUACAUUCAUUCGCUGCCUAGUUAUGAGGCUGAUUUCCCAUCAGGAUCUGUGUUUUACAAGAGACAGAUACCGAGCCAGGUUUCCGAAUGGGGAAGGAUGAGCAUGUGCGACGCGGAGAGGAGGCUCUUGGCGAACGCCCUCCUCGACUUCUCCAACGAGCGCUUCGUCCUCCUCUCCGAGUCCUGCAUCCCGCUCUUCAACUUCACCACAAUCUACAACUACAUGAUGGGCUCCAAGUACAGCUUCAUGGGCGCGUUCGACGACCCGGGCCCGUACGGGCGCGGCCGCUACAACGAGAACAUGCUCCCGGAGGUCAACAUAUCCGACUGGCGCAAGGGGUCCCAGUGGUUCGAGGUGAACAGGAAGCUCGCAGUCUACGUCGUCCAAGACACAAAAUUCUACCCGAAAUUCCUCGACUUCUGCCGGCCGGCGUGCUACGUGGACGAGCACUACUUCCCGACCAUGCUGACCAUAGAGGCGGGCGGGCUCCUGGCCAACCGCAGCCUGACGUGGGUCGACUGGUCUCGAGGCGGGGCCCACCCGGCCACGUUCGGGGCGGCCGACGUGACGGAUGAGUUCUUCAUGAGGAGGAUAUAUGAGGGGCAUAGGUGCUUGUAUAAUGGGCAGAAUUCAUCUGUUUGUUUUCUGUUUGCAAGAAAGUUCUCUCCAAGUGCUUUGCAAGCUUUGUUUCUAUUAGCUCCUAAGUUCUUAGGUUUUUAGUGGAAAAAUAAAUGAUUGGAAAUGAAGAAAUUGUGAUAUGUGUAGAGAAAGGCAGGUGGAGAAUUCUUCUUUUUGUUAGAAUAAAAAAUUGAUAGUGUGAUGAUAUAUAGCACAAGUUUUGAUCCAAGAUUUUUGAUUGACUAUAUAUAUAGAAUUUGAGUGUUUGAGGCAAAA